AUGAGCUGUUAUGCUGGAGAGAGAUCAGGAACCUCAGAGUGUGUGGAGCUGCAUGUGUUUCUUGUGCCUGAUGAGCUGUGGAACUCGAGACUGAACACAGUGUCAGUGGAAGCUGUGGACAGAUUCAUAUCAGCAGGCUUCAUCAGGGUGUAUCCAGACACAAGUUUGAAAGCUGUACGAGAUGAACUUGGAGCGUUACUCGGGCCAGAGAGGGUCGCUGACAGAUGCUGCUUUUUAAAAUGUGUUGGUAGAAGCUUGGCAAUGGUUAAACCCAUGCAAGAGAAAGACUUGAAAGCGAAAUCCUUUGCUCCACCCUAUUCCCCUUACCCAGAGCUCUAUCUGCUGCCGCUGGAAGAACAUGGCAGUAGCCUUUGCUCCAGGUCAUUAAGCCCAGACAUGGCCAUUUACAACACUAACUCUCAGACAGGCUACCCUCCUGGCCAGACAAAAGAGCCUACAAAAUUUCCACUAAUCAAACAAGGGCCCCAGCUGUCUGUCCUUGACCAGAGUCUGGAAGAUGAGGACAGCUCCAGUUCUCUGGAGGAGAGGGAGGAGGAGGACUCUGUGGGAUGCGAAGAUCCCAUUUGGACCGAGACUCAUAAUAUGUGCAGAAGUGUCCAAGGGGAGCUCAGGGCGAAGCAGAUUGCAGAAAUGCUACCCAUUAAACAGAGCCUGACUAAAAUGGAAAAUACUGAGAAAAAGACACGUUACAAAAGAAACUUUACCAGAGAUUCAGGAGUACCAGAGUCGCUGGAAGAUCCAGAUGUUGGGUUUUUCCUCUCGCAAGGAAGGAAAUCCAAACUGUCUCAGACUUUAAAGCCAACUGGAAAGAAACCAAAUGAUCAGGCACAUGUGGGCAGACCAGAACCUCUAGUUCCUGUUGAGUGUGAUGCAACUCCCAGUGCACCUGCCCUGGCUCUACAUAUGCAAAAAACUAAUGCAACUUCAACCAACAGGGAUGAGCUGCUGAAGGAACUCAAGCUGGUCAAAGAGAAGAGACAACAGCUAGAAAGAACAAGGCGAGAGCUUCUGAGAAAGGGCAAGGAUCUGCUAGCUCUAAACAGACACCGCAGGAACCAAGCACGGGACAAGUGGAAGAGAAAGUAUUUUGACACCAAGAAGACCACAGCACCAUUGGAGGAAACUCUGAAAAGUCUCCGACAGGAACUGGAGACAUUUUAUGACAAACUGUUUCAACAACUACAAGCUCGAGAUGGAAGGAACAGACAAAAACGAGCAGGGAAGCCAUCAAGCACAAAGAACGAUCUUAUAAUCCAGAUUAUGACUGAGAGUUGCGAAAUAGAUAAUCUGAAGAAAAAUCUGGAUGAUGCCAAAAUGAAACUUGCCACAGAAAUCAAGCUGAGGAAGCAGGCAGCCACAGAGCUGCGAGCCCUGAAAGCAGAACUGAUGCAGAAGAAGUCUCAGUGCUCAUACUCGGGGUCUCUUUUAGGUGCCGCUGACAUUGGAUCACAGAUUAGCACUUGA